AUGUCGUCGCCGCCCACCGCGCCUCCUCCCGCUCCUUCCGGGUCGAGCGAACCGCGACGCCCGUCGUCGUUCAUCGACGACCACGGCGCGUACUCCUCCACGUGCGGGUACUGCUCCAGCGUCGCGAAGACGUCGAGAUCGCACGGCGUCAGCGCGCACGUCCUGAGCGUCGGCGACUACCAGUCGCUCAUCGAUCACGGCUGGCGCCGAUCGGGGGGGUGGCUGUACCGACCCGAGCUGAAGGAGACGUGCUGCCGCGCGUACACGAUCCGUCUGGAGACGGAGAAGUUCGCGCCCACCCGCGGCCAGAAGAGAGUCGAGAGGAAGCUCGAGGCGUAUCUGUGCGGCGGCGGCGGGAAGGACGCCGCCGACGCCGACGCCGACGCCGCCCGCCGCGGCGGAGGAAAAAGCGCCGACGCCCCCGCCGGCGACGCGGCGGCGACGGCGAUCGAAGCAGCGGUUCGACGCGCGCUGACCGCCGCGGGUUCGACCCCGGGACUUAUCACGGACCCGACCGCCCCGCCGCCGUCCGUGAAAGCGCGCAGGGCGACCGCGAAGGCGGCGACGCGCGCGGGCGCGACGCAUCAGUGCGGCGUCGCGCUUGUCCUUCGCCGCGGCGACGCCGUCGCCGCGGAGGCGGCGGCGGCGGCGUUGCGGGACGUCUUGGGCGCCGACGCGGAGCUCGCGCGCGCGGGCGUGGAGCUCGUGCGGGGUGGGGGUGGAGGGGGGUUCUUGAACUUCAAGGCGGCGGCGGCGGCGGCGGCGGCGGGUGGUGGUGGUGGUGUCGGAGAAACACGUGCCGCCGGGUCGGGAGCGUCGGACGCACCGAAAAAGUCGGAAAAGAAAAAGACGCUGACGAUCUCGACGGCGCCGUCGACCUUCGUCCGAGAGGAGUUCGAUCUGUACGUGCGAUACCAGACCGCGGUGCACGGGGACGACCCGAGCUCGUUAUCGAAGCACGGGUACGCGCGGUUCUUGGUGGACUCGCCGCUGACGCGCGCGGAGGCGGGCGAGGGCGUCGCGACGACGCGCGACGCCGCGGUCGGUUGGCUCCGCGUCGACUCUGAGAAGAAGGACGCGGAGAAGAAGUAUCACGAGGGAAAGCGCGACGCGGGAGUUUCCGCUUCGAGCGCGCGAGACGUCCAGGGCCUGAACCACGUCCAACCGAUCCAGACGAAAGCGUCCGUCGGCGGCGAGUUCGUCGCCACCGCGCCGUCGUGCGGGUUCGGGGCGUUCCAUCAGCAGUAUAGGAUCGACGGGAAGCUCGUCGCCGUCGGCGUCGUGGACGUUUUGCCGCUGAGCGUGUCGUCCAAGUACUUCUUUUGGGAUCCGGAGUACGCGUUUCUGUCGCUCGGGAAGCUCGGCGUCUUGCGCGAGAUCGCGUGGACGCGGUCGCUGCGCGCGGAGUGCCCGACGCUGCGGUGGUAUUACAUGGGGUACUACAUCCACACGUGUCCGAAGAUGCGGUACAAGGCGGAGUACGCGCCGUCGGAGCUCAGGUGCCCGGUCACCGGGAGGUGGGUCGGGAUCGACGAGCCAGGGGUCGUGGCCGCGCUCGAAGACGACGCGUUUCGUCCGCUCGACCGUCGAGGCGGAGCCCUUAAGGAAACGAACGACGAGGACGAACCCGAGACGACGACGAACCCGGGCGACGCGACCGCGACCGCGACCGCGACCGCGACCGCGACCGCGACCGCCCUAGUCGCUUCAAACGACGACGCCGCGAUCGACGCCACGAUCAUCGGCGUCGUGAGCGGCAGGGAGCUCGCGCAGCUCGCGCCGCUCGGGAUGGUCGCGAGGUCGCUCCCGCAGCCGCCGGCGAGGCGUCUGCGGGAGAAAGUGCGGGCGUGGAGACGCGCGUGCGGACCCGCUGGGGACGGCAUCGCGUACCUCUCGCAGAUGGACCACCUUCUUCUCGACGGGUACGAGUACGGGAGCGACGACGACGACGACGAGGAGGGGGAGGAGGAGGAGGAGGACAUGGAUGCAGAGUAGACGAACGACGAGACGGACGCGGAUAGGCCGACUUCUAGCUAGCUAGAGGCUACUGCGCUAACACUACGACG